CGCCUCUCCCAUUCCUUCCCGCCCCCUCUCCUCCCUCCUCCGUCCUGGGUUUCGGAUUUGGCGGCGAGAGAUGGGCUACGUCGGGAGCCACGGCGUGGCGACGCUGCGCCGGUACAAGUACAGCGGCGUCGACCACUCCAUCGUCGCCAAGUACAUCCUCCAGCCCUUCUGGUCGCGAUUCGUCCACAUCUUCCCGCUAUGGUUCCCACCAAACAUGAUUACGCUGACUGGUUUCAUGUUUCUACUGACAUCGGCCUUCCUUGGCUUUCUGUAUUCACCUCAUCUUGAUACAGCACCCCCUAGAUGGGUUCAUCUUGCGCAUGGAAUCCUUCUUUUCCUUUACCAGACUUUUGAUGCUGUGGAUGGUAAACAAGCAAGGCGAACAAACUCAUCAAGUCCUUUAGGCGAACUUUUUGAUCAUGGAUGCGAUGCGCUUGCAUGUGCUUUUGAGUCCCUGGCUUUUGGAAGCACAGCAAUGUGUGGAAAAGCUACCUUCUGGUUUUGGGUGAUUUCGGCCGUCCCCUUCUACUUCGCAACCUGGGAACACUAUUUUACAAACACACUUGUUCUUCCCAUAGUCAAUGGGCCAACUGAAGGCCUUAUGUUGAUCUACGUGUGUCAUAUUUUCACCUUUUUCACAGGAGCUGAAUGGUGGGCACAAGAUUUCCGGAAAUCAGCCCCCCUCCUAAAUUGGGUGCCUCUUGUUCCUGAAAUCCCACUAUAUGUCAUCGUGCUGUUCCUAAUGAUUGCUUUUGCUGUAAUCCCGACGGUGGGAUCAAAUACUCAAAAUGUUUACAAAGUUGUCGCAGCAAGAAAAGGAAGCAUGCUACUGGCACUAGCAAUGCUCUUUCCUUUUGGUUUGCUCAUGGCUGGAGCUCUCGUAUGGUCCUAUGUGUCUCCUUCAGAUAUCAUGAGAACUCAACCACAUCUGCUAAUUAUUGGAACUGGUUUCGCGUUUGGCUUUCUUGUGGGGAGAAUGAUUCUGGCUCACUUGUGUGAUGAACCCAAAGGUCUUAAGACAGGAAUGUGCAUGUCCCUAGCAUACUUCCCGUUUGCAAUUGUAAAUGCGCUGACUGCCCGACUUGAUGACGGAAACCCCCUUGUUGAUGAGCAGCUCGUUCUCCUGAUGUACUGCCUAUAUACAGUGGCACUGUACAUGCAUUUUGCUACAUCUGUUAUUCAUGAGAUCACCAACGCACUUGGGAUUCAUUGCUUCAGAAUCACCAGGAAAAAGGCAUAGCUCUGACCAGUGCACAUGGUCUCUGCCAAACAAGCAAAACACACCACUUAUCUUCGUUACACAGAUGAUGAUGUCCGAUUCAUAUUUGCAUCUGUUAUUACGGGGACACUGCCCCCAUCUGUCCUUACAGGGACACUGUCCCUGAAAUGUACAUCAGCACUGAGAAUUUGUGCCGAUGAGAAAACAAUGUAUAUGAAUCAGUUGGCAAAAUUUUGUUGUAUCUUGUGUAGAGCAGAUGCUCAGCGAAAACUUUUUGGGGAAACGUUGAGCUGAUUGGCAGAUGAUGCCUUUGUAACUUACAACAUUGUAUCAUCAACUGAGAUGCAGUUAGUGUUGUUGAAAAUUGAACGUUAUUUAUGCACUUUAUUUUCACCUUUUUUUU